AUGGACAUCGUCGGAAAAUAUUUCUGUCCUCGCCUUGUCGACUACUUGGUCGUGGUGGGCGCGAGUUCGAACCAUCAUAAAAAGGUGCAGCUGCCAAAACUGCUCCGCCGCUAUCCCAUAAGCGACCACGCCGACUUCGCCCUUCCUCACGACGUGAGCUACUUCUGCCAACCGGAAGGAUGUCAAGUGCGCGGGCCGAAACAGCUCGGUCUACGCGAAGUGGAACCGUUUGUGUUCUCAUUGACCGAGAAGGACUCGAGCCGCGUCCGUUAUGGAGUUUGCCUGAACUUUCAACGCAAGUUGCAAGUGUCGGCAGGAGCGCGAACUUUAUUCAGCCUGACGUCAUUUUGCGUCAUUUCUCACCAUCCGUUUUUUUCGACGUUUCGUGAGUGUUUGCUCGAGCUGAAACGCAUCUUGGACACCAUCAACGAUGCAGGGAUCAAGUGCACGUGUCAGCAGCCCUGUCAAAAGGACUCGUUGUGGCAAACCUUCGUUUCGCCGCAUGCCGCAAUCUCAUCAUUGUGUCCCGCGUUAUUGGAAAUCGUACAAGAGAUUGAGAAAUGGAUCCUCCGUCUCUUAUCGCUGCCUGUGCCGGUACCCGAGAAAACAAAGGUCGAGGUGGAAUUACUGUCGAUGUGCCAGAAAGAGCAACCCAUUGUUUUCGCUUUGCCCGACCACAAACGAUUUUCGUUGCUCGACUUCCCUGUGCACUUACCACUGGAACUACUAGGCAUCGACAACUGUGUUGAAGUGCUCAAAUGCAUUCUACUCGAGAACAAGGUUGUCCUUCAGUCCCGUGACUACAACGCCUUGUCAAUUUCUAUUAUGUCGCUGGUUGCGUUACUAUAUCCCUUGGAAUAUAUGUUCCCUGUGAUUCCGUUGUUACCCACUAUCAUAGACGAGGCCGAACAGCUUCUUUUGGCGCCGACGCCGUACAUAAUCGGCGUCCCCGCUUCAUUUUUUGUUACAAAAUCGAAAAAACUAAUGUUGCCGAACGAUGUGUGGCUCGUUAACCUGGACACCUGCACAAUCACUCGGCCGCCCGGAUGCGAGCCCAUGCCACCUCUGCCUCAUCCCGAGGGCGCUCUACUCAGCCACUAUUUCUCACAGCUCCUCGAGUCGAUGAAAGGACGGAACUCGGCUUCACUAGUCCUGGACGCCGACACGGUUGACGUCGCAAUCCGUGUAUCGCUGGUGAAGUUUUUCAACUCAUCUGGAGUGUUGCAGAAUGUUCUGGAGCACACGCGCACCCUGCGUCUAUAUCCCCGGCCCGUGGUGGCAUUUCAAGUGAACAGUUUUCUCAUGUCUCGCGCCGAAAAGAACGGCGAGCCGCCACCGUUCCUCCGGAAGCUGGUGCGAACUCAAGCAGUCGAAUACUUCAUCGAGUGGGCCCUCAAGCCCUCAAACGUGGCUUUCGAGAGAAUUAAUACAGGCAUCUCGGACGCCAUGACGAUCGGUGACAAGCCAAAGUGGUACAGUGACGAAUUGGAAUCCGUCCGCGUCGCCGUUUGGAGUGAAAAACUCGAGGAAAUUCUCAAAGAUGUUCGAGAUCGGAGUCGCAAACAAGACGCCGAGAGCGGCUGCGAGAGCGAACGAUCUCUGUCCGAGGAAGAGGACGAAGACACCGAGCAGCAGCCCAUGUUUGUCCGCACAGAUUCGAUGGCCGAGAAACAGAUAGAGGAACGACAACACCCCACAGGGGACUUCCCGGCACUUUUUGAUCAUUUGCUCGUCUACCAGCCGCCAACCCAGUUGGUUAUUCCGGGCACUCCAUCAUCACAGCACACCGCGCGAGAGAGGAGAGACUCGUUUAGCGACAGCUCACUUUCCGACGAAGCGCUCGCCAGUAACAAAAAAGAUGAUGAUAAGGGCGGUCAGAGCAGCAGCUACGAUGAGGAUUCGGACGAUGGCGUCAGGAGUGACGAGGGGGAAGAUGACGAAUUCGCACAGGAAGUGGAACACAUUGCAAAGAAGCUCAGCGGCGUUCUCCACCGCGCGGGCUCACUCGGUCAGAACGCCCAAGGCAAGCCACUCAUGGAGAAAAUGAUCAAAGCUAAAGAAGGCCUCGGGAAAGCCGGCAGAGUCGCGGAAGAGCUGAGCAAGACAGCCGCUAGCGCAAGCAAGAAAAAGUUCAAACAGGCCCUCAGUGGAGAACGCAUGGCUGAGGCCAAGGAAAUGCUGAAUGAGAGCGGUCUCGAUAGAGUGGCCGACCAAACGAAAGAAAUUGCCGAUCAGACCAAACACGCUAUCUCUGGAUUCAUCAGCAAAACUAAAGAGAAGUCGGAACCGUUAGCUCCGUUAGCAAAGGCACAACUUAGCAAGCUGUCACAUCAAGCCGACAGGAAAUUCAGCGGAGGGUCACAUGGGGGACGGAACUCACUCGAGCCGAGUGAACUUCAACGCUUUCUACUCGAAGUCGUGAUGGGAGUCGCAGAUGGCAGAGGCGUGAAUUUCUUCCAACAGAAUCGAGUCAAACAACUGAUGUGGGAUGAAGGACACCGGAACUUUGUGCUUUCCAAGCUGAACAAGGCUUUUGAGCACAAGGUUGGCCCCGAGGACAACAUUGAAGACGUCCGCAUCACUAAGGACGUCUUCAAAGGCACCGUGAAGAUGCUGCAAUACAUCAUAGCCGGCCUAGAACACGAUUAUCAGAAGUGCGGGACUGGCGGCAUCGCAAGUGCUAUGCAGGUACUUGAGAUCGCCCAUACCCAUUACUACGACACCAUAGGCAACAGGAGCAGUAGGAGUAGCUUGAGCAACAACCUGCUGGGAUCGGCAAGCAAUCAGAGUAUUUCGCAGAUGAGCACGCAUUCCGCGAUAUCCACGGAAACCGUAUAUCCAGCUGCAGCAGGUCGGUAAUCGGAUUGUGAAAUUCACCGGGCGAAUAGCAAUCGUCCCUCCAUAGAUCUCGGAAUGGGGAAGAGCUUGUUCGCUCGGGGCGGGGUUUUCUCCAAGGUGGACGCCAUCAGCGAUUCUUCAACGUCGGAUAUGUUCAAGACAGGACUCUCCAGCAUGAAGAAAAUGAUGAACAAGAUAGCCAACAACGCCAAUAAUCAAUCCGACCUUUCGGACACGGGAUCCAUAUCUACGAACCCGCUGUUCUUACAACGGAAGGAGAGGAAAGGUUCUGCGGCGCGAUCCGCGAUCUCAGACAGCGACGCUGACCUGGUGUCACUCGGCGGCAAUCGCAAGGAGUCGUUUUGGUGUGCCGGGAAGCCAGGUCAAGCGGGCAAAGUUCUCCAUCGUAUGUCGAGCGUCGAACCCCCAGAACGAAUUUACGUCUUCCAAGAGUUGAUCAAGGACAAGAGUACAUUGUGGGACAACAUGGAGUUCUGGGAAGAUGUGUUCUACGACGCUGUAACUCAGGAACGCGAUCUCAUAGGCAUGGACCAGAAGCCUGGCGAAAUGAUGGAAAGAUACACUGGCCUGAAUAAUUCAGACCAGAAAAGACUACAAGAGGAUGAGGAUAGGCUUCUUGCGGUUAUUCUACAAAACCUAAUUGCUUUCAUGGUUAUGAUGAACGUUAGUAAGGAUCGUUUGCGACAAAAGGUCCGUCGUUUGUUGGGUAAGUGUCACAUAUCGUUAGCGUACAGCGCAGAAGUGAACGAUGUUCUUGACCAACUGGAUCAUCUGGAGGGGAAUUCGCUCAGUCUGAAGCCCUUAGCGAGUCAGCAAGUGUUGCGUCAAACCUUCACGGUGCGCUUAGGGAAUGAUUCAGCAGAGUGUACGCGCUUCAUGGAGGUUCGGGAAGAUGGCUUGAUCGUCCGCGCCGCCAAUGGCAGUAUCGUCGAGAGGUACUUCUUCGAGAGGAUCGUCAACAUUACCUAUUGCCCCACAAAUAACGUUUUGUGCCUCUGGCGGCAGUCGGGGGCAGAAAUGCAACUCCACAAAUACUACACGUCCAAGUGCAAGAAAUUGUAUUACUGUAUCAAAAGUGCCAUGGACAAUGCCAUCAGCCGCGACGGAUUGAGGAAGCCCCUCCCCGACCUCGGAGGAGAGUUCCCCAUCGAAGACAUGCAGACUGGAGAGGGUGGCAUACUCCAGGUCUACGUUGACGGAGUGGGACUACUCUUCGAAAAUAGCAAAUUCUUCGUGCGGGUCGAGAACAUUUACAAAUGCUACCACACAGAUGAAGGCGUCUUCGUUCUCGAGGAAUACAAUCCCAACACGAAGAAAAUCUCUGAGCGCAAGUACCGAUCCAAGAUGGCGUACAACAUCUUCUACGCUGUACUCUGUGUUUUCUCGUACCUGGCGGCUGGGCCGGCAAUGACGCCCUCGCCUAAAGCCACUUCCCCAGCUAGGGAAAUAGCCCCCGGCAACAGCGGUAGCAGUAGUGACGGGAACAACUUAGCCACAAAGAAACAGACGAAGCUCCAAGCACCUCCUCCGAUUCCUCCGGCUCCGAAUCCGGCACUUCUUGUAAUUAGCCACGAAGAUCAAGUUGAGCGUCUUUGA